AUGUCUACUUUAGCCACUACAGAUAGCUUCUUAGUUGAUAUCGAGCUCGGUACACAGAAUGCAACUGCUAAACAAGUAAGCAUUGUUGGAAGACUCAAACGAGCCAAACGAGCAAGUUUCAUUGGACAACUCAGGCACAUUCUCAGUACUUCAUAUGCUGUGAUCAAGAAAGCACUGGCCAGUGAGUUUACAAAAUACCUAGCUCUGCAGAUGAUUAUUUUUGGAUCUGCACUUGCAUACCACUGCAUUGGGUUGUGGUGGUUCUACCCAGAGAAUACCAAGAUAGUAGUAAACACAGCCACGCCCACUACUUUCUGCUUUGUAGAUGUGGACUAUUGGUUAGAAAUGAUCUUGUACAUUGCUAUUGGGUAUGGCACUGUUUUAGUACAACCGAUAGUGUUAUUUUCUCUUGGGGUCCUGGAUGUGGCAUUUGAGUACAUACCUGAUCACUAUAAAGUUUCGCAUACAUAUUCGAAAAGAAAAAGGAUUUUCUGGGGAGUGUUGGGUUUAUUGUUGUUAGUAACAUAUGCUGUAGCAACCAAAUUAUUUUUCAUUAUAGGUGGUGUUGCUAUUGGCGCUAUAAUCUCAUACGGCCUUGUCAAGCUUGUUUCCUUCAUCACCUCAAAGGUAUCAACAACUCGUCUUAUAAUUUUUGGCAACUGUCUCGUCGCUGCAGUGGCUCUCUUGCGAGCAUAUUAUACACCCUAUCUUCUGGGAGGUACUCCCAUUACUGAAUACUUCCAAAGGAAUAGAACGGACAUUUCUCAGUAUGAGAAGUUUUUUGCCGAUCUCGAUGUUGACAUUUCAAGGGUGUUUGUUGUAGGUGGUAUGUAUUCCGAUAAUGCAGCCAGCAAUGCUAUUCCAUUCAAGUCCAUGAUGAGCAUUGUAAUUGGCGAGGGCACUAUCCAGAACAACAGCUUUGAAGCAGUCAAAGCUAUACUGUUGCACUAG